AUGACCAUCCCUACUUUGAGAUUGAACACCGGAGCCCCAAUACCGGCUCUGGGAUUUGGUACUUUUCAGAAUGAAGGAUCCCCAGGAAAGUGCCACGAUGCUGUCCUUUGGGCUCUACAAUCAGGUUAUCGCCAUCUAGAUUGUGCUUGGUAUUACAAAAAUGAAGAAGAGGUCGGGUCUGCCUUGCGAGAAUUCUUGUCCAGUAAUCCAAGUGUCAAGCGUUCCGAUAUCUUCAUCACAACGAAAGUGUGGCCUCAUCUUUGCGGUUCCCCUAAAGAUGUUGAGUGGAGUCUGAAUUACAGUUUAGAGAAGCUAGGUGUCGAUUAUGUGGAUUCUUUCUUGAUGCAUUGGCCAUUCGCCGCGGAGAGGACCGACGACUAUGAAGUCAAAAUCGGAGAUGAUGGAAAGUACAUCAUCAACAGAGAAGUCACGGCGAACUUGGAACCUAUCUGGCGAAGGUUCGAAGCUCUCAACAAAGCUGGCAAGGCAAGAGCUAUCGGAGUAUCCAAUUUUACCAUCUCAAACCUGGAGGCUCUUCUUAAGUACGCGGAUGUUCCUCCCGCCAUCAACCAAGUCGAGAUUCAUCCCGUCUGGCCUAACACUAAGUUGAUCAACUACUGCUUUUCAAAGAACAUCCUUCCCGUGGCAUAUUCGCCUCUGGGAUCCCAGAGCCAGGUUCCCACCACUGGCAAAACUGUCAUCCAAAACUCUGAACUCAUCUCAAUCGCUGAAAAGAAGGGUGUUAGCAUAGGUCAGAUAUUGAUUGCUUGGGGCAUCAAACGAGGAUACGUGGUCCUUCCCAUGAGUUCGAAUGAGGGGAGAAUCAAAACCAAUGGGACAUUAGUCGAUUUGACUGAAGAGGAGUUCGAAAGCAUGAACAAAGUUUCCGAGGGUCAAGAAACAAGGUUCGUGGAUUUGUCAAACACCUUCGGGUGGGAUGUAUUCGGGGAUGAGUAA